AUGGCGCCUGCGGCAUCGGUCGCUCAGGCGACUAACAAAGUCAAACGGCCUAUGUCUAUUCAAACAAACGGCAUCCAAUCAUCGACUUCGUCUCCGUCCCCAUCAAUGUCCGCUGGAAGACUACCAUCCGGCUCCAAAAAUUUCCAAAACUCAACUACAACAAAUGGCGCUGGAAACUCGUCGGGAGCUCGAUCUGCGAAUCGAAAUCGCUCGGGGCACACACUUGGUCGAGGAAUCAAGAAUAAUAGUGCAGGUAUGAGAUCUGGCAGUGUUGCAGAGGAAUUCUCAAAAACUGAGCACUACAUUCUUCAUAAAUACCGCAAAAGCCCCCCCUCCCUGAUCAUCCACCUUUACGCGACGCACUUCCGAUUCGAUCAACAACAAAACAGUUUUUCUUAUACUUCUCCAAUGAGAGUACUCCUGGAUCACCUCAGACAGAAAACCAUACCUCAUGAGUUGGUGGAUUAUUUUAUACUGAACGAAGUAGCUUUCUACGAAGGUUGCAUGAUUGUCCAGAUCCUCGAUCACAAAUCUGUUGCCCCCCAACAACCCGCAUCUCAACCGAAGGAGGGAAGCAAGGAAGGCGUUUCGAUUCAUACUCUCAGUAGUUAUAUUACACCGUCCCCAUAUGCGUCGUACCCUAGACCCGACCUAGAAAAAAGUAGAUCGUCAAAAGAACAAAGUAACGAUGGCCCCACGAAAUCAAGGACAUCUGCUCAGCAAGAUAAGGAGAAUAUGCCUGCGCCGGGCACCUCGAACGAUUCCCAGAAAAAUAAAACAGUCCCUGCACCAGCAAAACUCAAAGUGACAACGUGCGUGCUCUUUCCAACACCAAUUAGUACCUAUGUCGAAAUUGCUCGUAAUUCUACUGCACCUCAUACACCAGAUAUGGACAAGCGCCAAGAACGUUCCGAAGGAAGUGCAUCAGCUACAUUAGCGCAACCACCUACACCACUUGGAACUGUCCCACCAACUCCCGGCUUAAAUAUGCCACCAGCCGCGAAAAGAUUGAAAAUGGCUAAAUCUGAGUUUAAUUGCGGCAACAUAUACGCAGCAGAAGCUCAGAUUAUCCUAGCCACUACAGCUCCCUUGGCUCUUGAGCCUGCAAACAGCGCAACAGAAUGUUCACGACUAUUAGAAUCAUUAGCUCACCCUAUGCACUUAGAGAAGCCUCCUCAGCCCAAGUCCCGUAAAAGAACAGUCGCAGAAAUGGCUGCUGAUGAAGCGCUUGCCGCAGAUGAACAACGCUAUAUGCUCAUUUUGGACGAACAACGUUUUGCAACUGUUGCCCGGGGCGCCGGAGGUAUCAAUGUUGCUGAUGGUGCUGGCCAGGCUGGUGGUGGAUUCGAAGCCCGCUUUGAGAAAUUUAAUGCUCUCACCAAUAUCAGAAAGGAUAUCGAAGACAAGAAAGCCUUGAAGAAGGCAGCAGAAGCAGAGGCCCAGCGAAAGUCUAAGGUAGAGGAAGAGAUUCAAAGGAAACAGGAGUUAGCUGAAGCUCGACAAAAGGAGAUAGAAAGACGUCAACUUUUGGCAAGACAACAGGCACAGCAACAAGAAGCUCAACGACGUGCCGUAGCUCAACAGCAACAGCAGCAGCAGCAUCCGCAGGCUUUGCAGGGUAUGCCUCCUCAAACACAAGGCCCCCAUGCACAUCCAUCUCAACCCAAUGGAAUUGUUUCAAAUGGUAUGCAGGCGCAACGGUUCCACCCUCAUCAAGGUACCCAGGCCCAAAUGUCUUCACCAAUCGUUCGGAAUGGAACUCCGCACAGCCAGGCAUCGCCGACAGUCAAUAACGGUAUUGGCAAUAACCCAAUGCAACACUCUACGUCGAGCAUGGGUGGCAGCCCUCCUCGUCCAGGUUCUGUUGUUCACCAAAAUCAUCCUGCACCCAUUGCAGCUCAUGGCAUGGUGGCUCAAAGAAGCCAGCAAAGCCAUGCAGGAACACCUCGUAUGCAUAAUGCGACUCCUAACAUGCAAUCCACUCCUUUGAACCGAGGACUCACACCAAGGAUGAGCCAAGGGAGCCCACUGCAAGGCGUGAUGGCCCAAGCACCUGGAAUGGGCCAGAUUGGAAUGAACUCGGCUCAAAUGCAUGUUCAAGGUAUAAAUAGCAUGUCGCCCGUCGAAACGCAACAAUAUUUGAUGGCGUUACGAGCUCAACAACAGCAGCAGAUGCAAGCUCAAAAUAUGAGAGUAAUGCCUAAUGGACAGCAAUUGACUCCUCAUCAAAUAAUGCAGCACCAACAAAUGAGGCAAAUGCAGAUGCAAGCGAAUGCUAAUAACCCAAACCAUCAAUUAGCUCAAGGUUAUCAAAACCAAUUAGCUGCUAUGCGACAAGCUGGUAUGCCUCAGAAUAUGAACAUGAAUCAACAAUUCAUGGGAAAUAAUAUGAACAUGCAAAAUAUGCAGGGCAUGGCAUUACAGCAGCAAAUGCAACAACAGCAGCAACAACAACAACAAUUACAAAUGCAGCAACAGCAGCAGCAACAACAACACCCCCAACAGCAGCAACCAAUGAAUCCACAGACCGCCAUGGCACAACAAUAUAUGCACGCCAACCCGAUGCAAACACAUCAGCAGAUGGCCGCUGUAUAUAAGCAACUUUACAGUAGAGAGAUGGCAUCUGGCGCACAUCCUCAAGGCCUAUCAGACCUUCUGAAGAAGAAAUUACAAAUGCAAGCCCAGAACAUAGUACUCCAAAACUUUAAAGCGAAGAUGCAAGCAGGCGGGCAGCAAGGUUUCCCUCCAGGUAUGCAGAUGCAAAAUGGUAUGGGUAUGGGAAGACAACCAGGCAUGUAGGAGGUGUAUUAUACAAGUGUAAUAUUAUGGGUAAAUUCGCAUUUGACCUAAUCAAGGAGUUUGAGUUAGGUGCAGAAGGGGGAAUACUUUGGCUUGGGCAAGGCGCAUUUUAGGCAUGAUUAUCACGGGGCACACGAUUGUAUAUAUUACUCUGGUUCGAAGAUUGGAAAGAAUAAGGCGACACAGGGGGAUUGGCUAGGUUCGAUAAAGGAUUGGCGCAGCUGUCCACGGCUAUUCCAGGAAUUCGGAGGUUAUAUGGACAGUUAUCUAGGUACUACUAGAACAUUAAGAUAGUUUGUGACUCACUAUUUAAAACAUUCAACGCCUUCAUAAAAACCAUAAGCUUUCUUUCCGAAUUAAUUCCCAUCCUGUUAUACAUGAAGACAUUACAUAUGUCUGAUCCAAAUAAUGCAAUACUUGUAUGUUGAGCUCAUUUCACAGAUCACUUUUUUGUGCCUCUCUAUGUUCUUUCUCCAUCCUCCUCCAUUCAUCAUCACUUCCUGUCCAUUUGGGUUCUUCCACACAAAAUGCUUCUCCCCAUUCUAAUCUCUGCUCUCUUCCCUUCCAGACAUCCUCACUGCUCUUCCCCAACUCCCUAUUUUUAUCACUCGGAUCUCCAUAUUUUUUCUUCUCCUUCUCAAUCCAUCGUGCCUUAAUCAGUUUAGCCUUCUCAUUAUCGGCAUAUGUUCUCGUUUUCAUACAAAACCAGAAGUCAGACCAUGACUCACUACAAUCUCGUGCAGAGCCAUAUCGAUAUAAAUUAUUGAACUGGCCGCCGAAAGACUGGCAAUAGAAUGCUGCAUCGAAGGCUGUGCGACAGGACAUGGUUGUGGGAAGGAGUUGGAUAGAGAGCGGUUCCGAAGAAUCACUUUGAGGAGGGGCUUGAGUAGAGGGUUGAGAAUGGGAAGGCUCUGGUGGAGGUAUCCGGGGUACGCGGUUAUAUUUUGUACUAGAAGGAUGGGUGUCGGCCUCCAAUUCCUGGAGAAAGGAAUUCAGUUCUUGUUCUGCAAUUUCAUCGCGAGAGAGAGUUUUCGUUUGCGGUUUGGGGGUGGAAGAUUGGGGAGAUGAGACUGGAUCGUUUGAAUUUGAGGAAGCUGAUUUCUCCGCAGAGGGAGCAGAAGAUGAAAACCAGCCCAUUCUGUAGGUUGUUGUCGUUGGAAAUUUGUCUUUUGAGGACUAC